GCAUGUGAAGUAGGGUGGGACAAGAAGGCGGGGCUGUCAUAUCCUAAACACCCACGCAGACUAUUAAAAAUGAUGGCGGCUGAGAGUAUCGACGAGGUCGAGACACCCAACGAGACUACGAGAGAAGAAUCCACUAGUAUUAUAGUGAAUGAGCGAGCCAUAGACGUACCGGAUGCCUUGAGUGAGGGUAUAAAAUACGUCCAGUACACCUCUGAGGCUCAGAUGCCCGACAUAAUAAGACUGAUGAAAGCUGAUCUCUCAGAACCUUACUCCAUUUACACGUACAGAUACUUUAUACACAACUGGCCGCAUCUUUGCAUAUUGGCAUAUAGUGAGGAUGAAAAGUGUGUUGGAGCCAUUGUUUGUAAAACAGAGUCCAGACAUUUCUCAACCAACAGAGGAUACAUUGCCAUGCUAGCCGUCGACAAAAACUACAGAAGAAAGAAAAUUGGCUCAAAUCUAGUUAGACGUAGCAUAGAAACAAUGAUCACAAAAGAUUGUCAUGAAAUUGUUCUUGAGACUGAGGUAACCAACAUGGCCGCACUUAGCUUAUACCAGAACUUGGGUUUCGUACGUGACAAGUAUCUCCAUCGUUAUUAUCUCAACGGAGAGGACGCUUAUAGACUGAAACUGUGGUUCCCUAAUGCUUAUAACCAGCAGUACUGAUUGUAGUCUCAUGACUAUACUGAUUGUUGAUUAUUUAUAUUGAAUAGUCAUUUUUAUAAUUAUUGAUUUAUCAUCAAUUUAAAUCAUAACAUUGAAAGCCUUA